AAGAUAUGUUUUUGGUUUGAUGAACUGAGGUUGUGCAAGAAAUUCCCUUUGUGAUAAUCUAGUAUUCAUUAAUUCAAGGCUAUCAAGUUGGAUAUUGACCCAUUUUUGCUUUCUUUUAAAUGUCCUUGAUAUUUAUGGGUGUUGAAUAAUAGUUGAGUUGACUGACCUAUGAAUAAACUUUUCAAAAUUCCACAAGUUAAAAAAUGGAUGUGAUGUUGCUGUGGAACUAGUUAAAGCCUAAAGGAGAGGUACACUUUUGUUGGUGUCAUCAAUGAGAUAUUGAUUGGUACUGAGGUUUAUAUUUAGCAGUCAUGGAUGCUGAUUCAGCUGCAGCAUUUAAUGAUCAGAAGGAAAAAUUGAAUACUUUUCUUGAGAUUGCCAAUACAGAAAAGCAACUGUUAACAUCAAUCUACUCUAAAGGCCUGUUGCACAAAGAUGUCCAAGAAUUGUACCACAAAGCCCGUGCCAGCUAUGAGAAUAUUAUUGUAAAUAAUUAUGAAGUAGUGGGGCUUCAGGAAGUUGAAUUCUCUCUGUGGAAACUUCACUAUAAACACAUUGAUGAGUUCCGUAAAAGGAUUCGGCAGGCUAAUGCUGAGAAAAAGAAAAUUGAAACACACGAAGGUGAUUCAAGUGCUACCCGAGAGAUUGACAAUCAUAUGGAAGGGCUCAAGUCAUUUCUGUCUGAAGCUACUGAGUUCUAUCAGGAGUUAACUAAAAAACUCAGACAAAGUUGUGGGCUCCCCAGGGAACUGUUACUCUGUAAGAAUGGUAGCAUGUCACUUCCUCUUGUACCCAUGAAGCUGCCUCAAUGCCAAUAUGCAUGCCACCGUUUUCUAAUUUGUCUGGGAGACCUGGCCAGAUAUGGUGAACUUUGCAAGAAACCGGAUGCAUUUAAGUGGUCUUUAGCAGCCACAUACUACUUUGAGGCAUCUAGGAUAUGGCCAGACAGUGGAAAUCCUCAUAAUCAGCUAGCACUAUUGGCAACAUACACUGGUGACCCUUUCCUUGCCUUAUACCAUUGCGUCAGAAGUUUAGCUGUUAAGGAACCAUUCCCUGAUGCCUGGAACAACCUUAUGCUACUCUUUGAAGAGAACAGGUCAUCUAUUUUGCAUUCAUAUUCUAGUGGAGCUUGCCUUGAUUUGCUAAAACCUUCAGUGUGGUGUUCCAUGGAUGCUAUAAAUCGCGCAACCAGUGGUUCCUUAAACAAGAAUAUGCCAGAAGCCGCUGAAACUGUUACCUCUGGAAAAGCUGAUAUAUGGCUUCUGUUUGUCAGAUUGAUGAGUUUCUUUCUCGUGUACUCCAGCUUGGAAGACUUUCAAUCUACUCUUGCAUCUACUGUGCGACAAUUGGAAGGCCUGGUGGUAAUGGAUGAUGAUGAAUUAAAGGCUUCUCUAGAGUCUUACCAGUUAAUGGAUCUAUCGAGAAGAGGCCCUUAUCGUGCUCUUCAACUUGUCUCUGUUUUCAUCUUUAUCUUCCAUAGCCUGACUGAGAGUGAGGAUGGCUUGGAUCCAAAGAACAAGCAGCAAUCUGCAUUGACAGAGCUGGCAGUAGCUGCUACUUUUAUUUGUGCUGGUCGCCUUGUUGAGAAAGCUGCAACAAGAAAUAGCACACAAACUUGCCCCCUUUUACCCACCGUCUGUGUGUUUGUAGAGUGGUUAGUUAACAUACUUGAUAGAGCAGAAGUAGACGCAAGAGAUGAAAAGGUCCAGAGUGCUAUAUCUUACUUUUUUGGUGCUUUAGCUGAUCUUCUGAACCGGCUUGAUCCUUGUGAGAAUGAACUUGCUCUAGAAAGUACUGCUCUUUGGGAAGACCAUGAACUGAAGGGGUUUCAUCCCAUGGCCCAUGCUCACAAGUCUUUGGACUUCACGAGCCAUUUGGAAUGCAUUGAUAAUUUCAGUAGUAAGAGUGUGUGUCGUUCACAGCGUAUCUUUCGUGCAGCAUCUAAACUGGCUAACAGAUCCAGUCACUCAAGAAAAUGGAUCUCUUAUGAUAAAACAGACAAAAGAUUCCACAUCAUGGACUCAGAAUUAGCAGAUAGGGGAAAGCCAGGCGUAGCUGAAUCUGUUUCGACUCUUCCGCUAAAAGAGACCUAUCAAAAUAAUUGUGGAAUGGCAAUGGAAAACGGAGAGAGUCAAGAUCAUCCUUGUCUCAGCGGCCAAUCCAUUACCACAGAUGAGGAAGAAGUCAUUCUUUUCAAGCCCAUCACUAGACAUAACUCAGAACCAAUAUAUACAUCAGGCACUUCAUGUGAUCAAUUCUCCAUCAAUGUUAUCAAUGGAACUGCGGCUUCUGAUGAAUCCUUGCGCCGUGCCACAUCGUUGAUUUCUGAGCAAAGCAAUCCACAGAAUGAUAUUUUCAGUUUCCGUCCAGAAAGUACAAACUUGAGGUACAACAAGCCACUCAAGCAAUCUGCAGCUUUCCCUGCUGGACCUCCAUCUCUGAAUGCUUGGGUCCUUGAGAAGGAAAGUCCAAGAAAUGAGAGGGGACCAAGGGAAUUAAAUAGGCAGCAGUUAAGCCCAAUUGAUGAACUAGCUUCUGAAUCUUUAUCUGGUCUCUCCUUGAAUGAAACUAGAGAUCACAACGUUCGUUCCAUGCCAGUUUCUGCAGCUAUUCAUGAUACUCCUCCGUAUGUCACUCCAGUCCCCUCAGCUCCACUGUUACCGGAAGAUGCAUCUUGGUUUAAGGGAAACUCAUCAGUUUUCCCUAACAAGAGUGCAUUUGGGACCAAGGAAGGGGAUGGUAUUCUUGGUGCAUCACCAGUGGGGGGAUACUCAAGUCCAUCUACAGUUCGUGGACCACUUGAUUUUGUUGCAGGUGCUCCACGCUUUGUUGAGGGGUACCCACCAUUACUUGGAAUGAGUUCAUCUGAAUGGCUGUAUCACUACAGAAACAGUCAAAACUUCGAGCGAGUCAGCAAUCUGGUAUGGCCUGUUCACUCAAACGCACCAGCAACCUAUGGAAAUCUGAACGCGACCAAUCUUACCAGGUUUGAUGUCUUAGAUCAGUGGGGAAAUCACUUGGCUUCUAGUCCCAUGGUGUACUUGGAGAGCCCGCAGUUGCAUCCAAGUCCUCCUCUUGCCUAUGGUGCAGAAGAACAAAUAAUCGAUAAACAUUUUCUUGGUUACCAAAGAGCAUCCCCGUAUGUAUGUGGCACUGGAAUGGACUUUAGACAGGAGCAGCCAACACUUCUUAACUAUCUCAAAGAGAGAGAACGGCAAAUACCACCAGAGUCUCAAUAUAAAGGUCCUAAUUUUAUGGGAAACUAAGCUCUAUGAAUACUCAUUAUCUAUCAGGCAUUUUUCCACCUGCAUUGCCUUAAUUCUCAACUUAUAAAUACAUGAAUUGCGGCAUCACAAACUUUGUAAGUGUGAAAUGUGUACCAAUUUAGAUGGAUGAUUUGAAAUAUAGAAAU